AUGAAUAGAAGUUUAAUUUUCAUUCAAUUUGCAUUAUUAAUAAUGGCAACAUUAAGUUUUCCUAACUACAAUUUUUCCAGCACGGAUAACUUGGAACCAACAGACAAUUUUAAUGCGAUCAAAUUAUCAAGAAAAAAAAGAGACUCUUGUGCUACACAAGCUGCAAUUGAUGUUCUAGAGAAGACUAUUAACGUCGGAUUGAGCGUGGGAAAUAUUGCCGGUGCCUCAGCUUUAGCUUCAUUUACCGGAUCACUUUUUAGUUUUCACUCUCCAACAACUUGUGAUCUAGAUGCGAAAAUGGAUCAGCUUUUGGUGAAGCUGAACAAAAUCAUAGACAAAGUAGACAAUAUAGGUACUGUAGUUGAAUGUGCACAUAUAAAACAACAUUAUCGUGAAAUUAAGCUGAAAAUAAGACCAUUAUUGAGUGUCUUUCAUGAUUUUUAUAAAACCAAUGAAAAAGAAGAAGCAAGACAAGAGAUAAUAUCCAGGUGUAAAGAUCACACACAAGGAAUACGUACAAUACAUAGUACGUUUCUAACACUUCUCGAUAACGAUGCCGUAGUGGACUACUUCAAAAACUGCGCCCGUUAUGAAUCAGAAAAUAUCAAUAUAUGGGGCUCCAAAGUAAACGAACUAACACAAACAAUUAUUGGAUUGUUCAAAGGAUGUGAAGAAGCAAGUGAUAGUGUGACACAGUUCGAUCCGCCUCGUUUCGAAAAGGAAGUAAAAGAAUUGACUCAAUUUUAUAGUGAAGUCACUAAUUUAGAAGAAUUCGUGAAAGACAAGAAUUCCGGACUAAAAAAUAUUGUACAAACUAUUGCAAACAAAGGGAAAUCUGCUAUUGAAACUGCACAAAUUCUAAAAGAAAAAUUUAUUUUAUUUUAA